UUUCGUUGGGAGGGCAAUCACUCCUUUUUUCUCGUUUCCGAGCGGAUUAGCACACCUCGCUUCCUCCAUUCCGUCGACCCGUCUUGAUUUUUGUCGGUGAAAAUGUCCUACUAUGAACCUCAAGGUUGGCAGGCGCCCGCUGCGCGCCAGGUGUCGUGGGAGCAACCUGUUCCCCCGUCGCGUUCGGGAUCGAGCUCAGUCUCUCAACGCGAAGACAUCCCUGCUUUUUCCUCUCAGUUUGACGAGGUGGAUCGUGCGAUCGACAAUCUUGUUAAGAGUGGGAAGCUAUGGACUGCUCCCCGCCGGGACUCGAUGCCCAUGAUGAUGGGCCGCCCGUUUCCCGAGUACGAUCCCCGUGUGUCCAGUGGCACUUCCCAGCGUCACCACUCAAUCAGCGACUUCGACGGUGCCAGGAUGCACCCGAACCCCAACCCCAACCUGCAGGGGUUCUAUGCCGCCCAGCGUUUCCAGGGACGCCCAAAUGAAGUAGAGCAUAUGAUGCAAGCAAAGCGUCGGAUGGCGGCCCAGCGUGAAAGGGAGCUCCGCAACUAUCAUCAGGAGCAACAGUACAACCGAAGUACGUGGUAGCACCUGUCUUUGGAGCUUUUUUUUUUUUUUUGGCUUCUUUCUCCAAUAUUCCCCAUGACUUCUUCCUUUGCCCACAUGUAUCGGUU